AUGUCAAACGGCAUCUCGGGAGGUGGAGCUCCAGUCUACCUAGCCGCUGUUCUCGAAUACCUCGCUGCUGAGGUUCUCGAGUUGGCCGGUAACGCUGCUCGUGACAACAAGAAGACCAGAAUCAACCCUCGCCAUCUGCAACUUGCCGUCCGCAACGACGAGGAGCUCAACAAGCUCCUCUCCAGUGUGACAGGAAGGUGUUCUGCCCAACAUUCAGACCGUUCUCCUGCCCAAGAAGACCUGCCGGUGACAACGAAGUAA